GGUGGUUUCACAAUAUUCCGAAAGACAAAGCAUCAAUACCCUGUGUUGAAUAUCACCGCAAAAUGCGAACUGGCUUUAAACCGAUGCGAGCAUACACCACUCACUCUAUUGAAGUUCAAAUCGCUUACUAAUAAUACCAGACCACGUAAAAUUAUAGUUAUUUUUAAGUUGUGAACGAGAGAAUGGCACAUACCACGGUGAUCAGUGAUGGGUCACCCUAUGAGGACAAAAAUGAGUUGGCUACAACGAAGGAUGGAAACGCAACACGGAAAACCAGAGGCAUUCCUUUCUCCAGGAAGAUAAGUUAUGCAGUUGGUGGCAUGCCCUAUCAGAUGACGGCCAACGCGAAGGGAUUCUUCUUGCAGAUUUUCCUGCUGGAUGUUGUACAGAUGGGGGCCUUCUAUGCGUCUCUCAUCCUCUUCCUUGGCCGGGCAUGGGAUGCCAUCACUGAUCCUCUGGUGGGAUAUAUGGUCAUCAAGAGUGGUAGGACACGCAUCGGCAAACUCAUUCCCUGGAUCGUAUUCUCCAUGCCUCUGGGCGUCCUGGCCUACAUCAUGAUGUGGUUCACGCCUCGGGAGUCCAUGUCUCCCUCCUCCAGUUUCUUCUGGUUCUUCAUCUGGAGCUGCCUUUUUGAUGCCUUCAUGACUUGCUAUCAUGUCCCCUACUCUUCACUCAACAUGUUCCUGGGGGGUGACCAGAAGGACAGAGACUCUGCCACCGCCUACAGAAUGGGGAUGGAGGUGUUUGCAACCCUGGCGGGUGCAACCAUUCAGGGUCAGAUUGUGGGGGUGUACCAUGCUAAGAGUGCACAAGUCUGCAGGCAGCUGAACUACAGCGAGGCCUCCCUCCGUAACGUCUCCUCGCCCCUAAUCCAGAACUUUUCCUCGUCCCUCACUGAUACCCUUCAGAACACGAGGAGAGCUUACGUGCUUGCUGCUUUAGUUUUGGGAGGAAUCUAUUUCCUGUGUUGUGUUGUGCUCUUCCUGGGUGUGAAGGAGCAGUUGGCUCCUCUCAGUACCCUGGACCGUAUCCGUAUUCCCUACCUGGCAGGUAUGAAGAUGGUGGUGGGACACACCCCUUACGUGAAACUCGUAUUCGGGUUUCUCUUUGCCUCGCUUGCCUUCCAGAUGGCUCAAGGAAACUUUGCCCUCUUCUGUACCCAUGCUGCAGGUCUGGGGGCCUACUUCCAACACCUCGUCCUUAUCCUGCUAACAGCUGCCACAUUGUCCAUCCCUCUGUGGCAGACACUGCUUUUGAGACUGGGGAAGAAGACGACGCUGUACAUAGGACUCUGUAUGUAUGCACCAGCCCUUGUGAUCAUUGCGUCCAUACAGAGCAACCUGCCUGUCUUCAUCAUUAUGUCCAUCAUAUCUGGGUCUAGUCUAUCGGCACUCUACCUGCUGCCCUGGUCUAUGUUGCCGGAUGUAGUUGAUGACUUCAAGGUGAAGAAUCCCACCAGUACAGACCUAGAGCCCAUGUUUUACUCAUGCUAUGUUUUCUUCAACAAGUUUGGAGGAGGGAUGUCUGUGGGCAUCUCCACCCUGGCAUUACACUUUGCAGGGUAUAAGCCUGGGGCCUGCAGGCAGAACCCAGCUGUGAUCACAGCCUUGCGGGUCCUGUUCGCCCCUGUGCCUGUCGUCCUCCUCCUCAUUGGUCUGGUGCUGUUUUAUUUCUACCCCAUCAAUGAGGAGCGGCGCGGCCAGAUCCAACAGGAACUGCAGAAAGCAGAGAAAGGGGAUGGAAACCAAGAAAUGGAGGCAGUGGGAUUGUAGACUUCGCUCAGACACAGCCAGCCUGUCAAGCUGGAAACUUCCAUCUGUCAGUGUCUUUGUCUGACAUGGCGCAUGACUGUUCACACCUCAUCUGACACCAUGCUAGGACACUGCUUCCUAUUUCACUGAAGACGAUUGUCAUGGUCACAGGCCGAAACACAGACACUUGACUCAGCCUAUGUAUUGAAUCUUUGCGUGUGUGUGUUUUCUUAUCCAACCAUUGUAAUCACUUUUGUGUACAACAGUGGUUCCCAACCUUUCUCUGUUAAUGUACCACCAACUUAAUUUUUCUCUGCCCAGAGUACCCCUGAUGUACCCCCUCAUGUGCGUUUUACCAUCUUCUCAAGUACCCCCUGUAGGUAGACCAGGUACCCCCUGUGGAUAGGGCAGGUACCACCAGGGGUCUUAGUAGCUCUGGUUGGGAACCACUGGUGUCCAGUACUGUUCACUGGAUGCAAGGACCUCAGAGUAAUAUGUUUGUAAUAAACCACUUUUAUUCAAAGGGA